AUGACAGAUAUGUUUGUUGAAUUGAAGAAGCUUAUGCGGCAAAGCGUGUUGCAUGUGAACACUCCUAAAUUUGGUAACGUUAUCUCCUUCAUGGUGUACUUGGCACCCCUGCCCACAUUUUACCGAAUAUACAAAAGGAAAUCCACCGAAGGUUUCCAAUCACUGCCUUACCUGGUGGCACUUUUCAGUUGCAUGCUUUGGCUAUACUAUGCCGCUCUCAAGCCAGCUGAUGCGACUCUCCUCAUCACCAUUAACUCAUUGGGAUGUGUCAUUGAGAUGGUUUACAUUGCCAUGUUCACAGUCUAUGCCACCAAUGAUUCCAGGAAGUUAACCGUUAAAUUGUUUGUGGUGAUGAACGUGGGUUCCUUCGCAUUGAUCUUCCUCUUCACCUACUUUACUAUGCAUGGUUCCCACCGAGUUCAAUUAGUUGGAUGGGUUUGUGUAUGUAUUGCAGUAGGUGUUUUUGCAGCACCUCUAAGCAUUGUGGCACAAGUUAUUCGAACCAAGAAUGUGGAGUUUAUGCCCUUUAACUUGUCACUUUCCCUCACGCUGAGUGCCAUAGCGUGGUUUUCCUAUGGCUUCUUCCUCAAGGACAUAUGCAUUGCUAUUCCAAAUGUGCUGGGUUUGACAUUGGGACUACUUCAGAUGCUGCUGUAUGCCAUUUACAGAAAUGGUAAAACAAAAAUUGCUACAAAGGAGGAGCAUGCACUAGAGCCAAUGAAAAACGUUGUUGUGGAGAGCCCGUUGGGAACGUGUGAAGUGUACCAAAUCCAAGUUAACGACAAAGAGAAAGUACAAGGAAUAGAAGGUGCAAAAGAAGAGGAGAAAGAACAAGGCUUAGAAGGUGCCAAAGAAGACGAGAAAGGUGUGGAAGCAAAGGAAUGCCCAACAUGA